AUGGGUAGCUUUGCAAGCAAAAGCAAAAUCAUGAAUUCCCACAAGGUGGCAGAUCAGCUCGAGGAAGAGAAGAAGCAGAUGGCCAGAUCUGGAAGCAUUGCAACAAACUGGAGAGAACUUAGUGGCCAGCAUUAUUGGAAGGAUUUGCUAGACCCACUGGAUAUCAACCUUCGUAUGUACAUAAUACAUUAUGGAGAAAUGGCUGAAGCUACUUAUGAUGCUUUUAACUCUGAUACAGAAUCCAAGUAUGCAAGAAGAAGCCGUUAUGGAAAAAAAGAUUUCUUUUCCAAAGUGGGUUUAGAAAAUGGAAAUCCUUUCAAGUAUAAGGUGACAAAGUUCCUCUAUGCAACCUCAGAGCUUGAGUUUCACGUAUUAGACGAUGUCGAAGAAUCAAACUGGAUAGGGUAUGUCGCGGUGGCCACUGAUGAAGGCAAAGCAGUGUUAGGGAGGAGAGAUAUUGUGGUGGCUUGGAGAGGAACUGAACAGGUCAUGGAAUGGAUCAAAGAUCUUCAGUUUCGUUUGAAUUAUGCUCCAUACAUUUUUGGAGAUGAUUCUGAAUGCAAAGUACACCGAGGCUUUUACUCCGUUUACACAGCAACUAAUUCAUCACAAUUAGACUUCAACCAAGCCAGUGCAAGAACUCAGGUCCUAACUGAGAUUACAAGACUGGUCGAUAAAUAUAAGGAUGAGGAAAUCAGCAUAACAGUAACUGGACACAGCUUAGGCGCAGCCCUUGCAACACUAAACGCAGUGGACAUAGUCACAAAUGGAUGUAACAUCCCAGAAAAUGAACCUCUCAAAGCUUGUCCUGUCACAGCCAUUGUAUUUGCAAGCCCUAGAGUUGGGGACUCAGACUUCCAGGAGUUUUCCUCAGGCCAAAAGGAUCUUCGGAUACUACGAAUCCGUAACAAAAAAGAUAUUGUUCCGAGGCACCCAUUCUGGGGUUAUGCAGAAGUAGGACAAGAGUUAAUCAUUGAUACUCAAAAGUCAAACUUCUUAAAACAACCAGGGAAUGUGAAGAGUUGGCAUAAUUUGGAGGUUUACUUGCAUGGAGUUGCAGGAACACAAGGGAGCAAAGGAGGAUUUAAUUUAGAGGUUAAAAGGGAUAUUGCACUGGUGAACAAAGGCACGGAUGCUUUGAAGGAUAAGUAUAAUAUCCCUAAGGCUUGGAGGAUUGAUCCAAACAAGGGAUUGGCUCAACAGCCCGAUGGUACUUGGAAGAUGCAAGAACCAGAAUCAGAAUCUGAGGAUGAUGAUGUUUAG